AUGAAUGUGCCUGGCAACAAUGCCUCUGUCCUCGUCAAGCUCGCCUUUGAUCACGACGAUGCAAAAUGCUGGUUCGACUUGAAGCCCGACUCGGACGGAGGAAAAGGCUCCAACUCGGACAGCUUCUUGUACGCGUCGAAUGAAGAUGAACGGGCCACCAUUGGCCUGUCAUCAACGUCUACGUCGUCUACGAGCACGGCCACCAGUAGUAGUAGCACAACGACCACUUCAUCAAAUGGGGCAGAUGGUACCGGCGUGGCCGCCACUCGGACAAACAUCCCGGCCACGACGACUUCGUCUUCAGUCGGUGCCACCUCUACCGGUUCAAGCGACACCAGCACGAAUGGUCUCUCGGUCGGUGCGCAAGCCGGUAUCGGGGUCGGCGCCGGACUCGCGGGCGUUGCUAUUGGUGCAUUGGCUAUAUUCAUGCUUUUGCGAAGGCGCAAACAGGGCGCCAUUGCCAAUGCGAACCCGUCGACGGAUCCCUCCAUGGGACAAAGUCAUUACGAUACUAGUAUUCUGUCACAGCAGCCACAUUAUGCGGCGUACAGUGACCAGGCUUCUUCGGGGUAUCAAAGCCGCUCUCACACAACGUCCCCGGAUAACACGUUGCUCGAUGGAGCAGCAUCGGUCGGGACAAGCGCGACAAAUUAUACUCCGAUACCACAGGAACUCGACGCUCCACACACGUAUUUGCAGGAGUUGCCUUCAUCAAGACAUAUGUGA